AAAUUAUCAGACUUGACAACUAUGCUGAGCACAGUAAAUGCAUUCACAGUCGUUUCCUGCAAAAAUUUUGCCACUGUCGUGGUAGGCAAACGUCAGAAGUUGUUUAGUUCAGACAGCAAUCAUGUUUAGACAGUGUUUCGACGUUUCAGUGUCAAAAAUUUGCAUUUUUGUCUUACUUUUGGGCUUCUUAGCUCUGUAUCUGGUUUACAUAAGUCGGUCCAGUUAUAGCGAUUUUUACCACAAAAUCGAAAGUGAGUACAAAUGGCACACGGACGAAUCCAACCCACAACUUAUAGUAGAACGUUAUUUGAUCGAAACGCAAAAAUGCAAAAUUUUGGAUGUACAUCCCUUCAAUCCCCAAGUCUUGGAUUACUUCAAGCGCGAGAAGUACAAACCUUGUGGUCCUUCUGAACUUUUGACUUACGUCACGAUUGACAAUAACAGGGCCUUUCUUCAUUUGAAUGAGAAAAUUGCGGGGAAAAACCAAAGUUUGACAUGUCAUUAUGCGAAAAUCGAGCAAAUGACAUCCAACUUCAAGCUUAAGGAUUUCCUCAACCAGGCUGUGUUUACGCCGUUUGAACGUAGUGUCUAUAUUGAUUUUGACCACGUUUACGUAAUGUGUUUGCUGGGGAAUAAGGUGGUUUAUAGAAACACACAUGCACCGAUAAUUUUGAGAGAGGAAAUAAUUGAAAGACAACAAAAGAUGGAAAAGCGAAAUGAAGCCUUCAGUGUGUUAAUUAUUGGAAUUGACAGUAUGUCCCGCUUGAAUUUUCUUCGAUCCUUCCCCAAAACCCACUUAUUCCUGAAGGAAAACAACUGGAUUUCAUUCAAAGGCUACAACAAAGUCGCUGAUAACACGUAUCCAAACCUUAUGGCCCUUUUGGCCGGAAUAGACGAGCCCACAGCUGAGAAAAAAUGCAGCAGUCGGAGCCUAACUGACUGCCCUUUGGUCCUCUUCGACUAUCGCAACCUAGGCUAUGCCACGGCUUACGCCGAAGACGAACCCUGGAUGGGCAAUUUCAUCCAGAACCAGAGAAGUUUCGACAAAACCCCCACCGACUAUUACUUCCGGCCCUAUUUCCGCAUCAACGAGAAACUAACAACGCGCAAAAUCAAUGGUUUGAACUACUGCACAGGCCCGGAAAAUUCCGGUGAAAGGGUGCUAAACCUAGCCAAAAAUUUCGCCCAAGCGUUGAAAAACCGGCCCAGCUUUGGCCUCUUCUGGGUGAACGGUUUUACACACAACUUGCUGAAUAUGGGCUCAAGUAUGGACUUGAAAAUGCGCGAUUUUUUGGAAAAAAUACGUGGUUCGGGUGUUUUGCAAAACACGUUUGUGUUUUUUUUGAGUGACCAUGGCUUGCGUGUUGGGAGUUUUCGCCAGACUACAAUGGGUUGGCUUGAGGAGCGAUUGCCGUUUAUUUAUGUUUGGGUUCCGGAGAGGUUUCAGGUCGAGUUUCGGCGGCAAUAUCACAACUUGAAACUUAAUGUGAAUCAGUUGACUUCGCCCUAUCACCUCUAUAUGACCCUGCAGGAUAUUCUAGUCCUGUCGAAGCAAAAUUACAAGGUCAAGGCGAGUCAAAAGUGCCCCAAAUGUCGGUCGUUGUUUGAAAGUUACGAGGAUAGGUCGUGUAAAGAGGCAGGGAUUGAUUUUCAUUGGUGCACUUGUAACACUUACACGGCUGUGAUGAAUGAGUCGGUGCUUGUCCAAAAUGCUACAGAUUAUGUCUUGAAGUACAUACAUCGGUUUAUUUCCGAGCAAAACGGUGACAAAAAGUGUGUAAAGUACACCAUUGCAAAAAUCAUCUCUGCGAGAAUUUCUGAUGAUCACACGCACAUUCUAUUGAUUUUUGAGACUAGUCCAAAGGCUGUUUUCGAAGUCACACUUUUGUAUAAGGCGGGAAGUAAGCAAACUUUAAGUAUCAAGGACGGAAUUAGCAGACUUGAUCGUUACACCAAGCACAGUUAUUGCACCAGCAAUCGUUUGUUAAGAAAAUUUUGUCAUUGUCGUUGAUUUGUAGGGAAUUGUCAGUGGUUUUGCGUCAAAUGUCGAUUGUGUGUUACCUUUCAAUCAUUAUUUCUCCUAACGAUUAAUAACACGUUUAAUGAGUAAUUGGGUUUGAUAUUGCCGCUGAUAAAACAAAUCGUUUGGAAAAAUUGCAAAAGUGAUUCAAUUUUUUUCUUAUGAGUUGGCACAAUACACGUUUACGUUAUAACAUUGUGAGAUUUUAAUGUGUUUGUGUGUUGGUUUGAAUAAAAAACGAUGCGAAAAAUA